GUUGUGUCCACCGAUGCCAGCUCCCAGUCCAGCGCCGACCGCGACACCGCCGUUGUGUCCACCGAUACCAGCUCCCAGUCCAGCGCCGACCGCGACACCGCCGUUGUGUCCACCGAUACCAGCUCCCAGUCCAGCGCCGACCGCGACACCGCCGUUGUGUCCACCGAUGCCAGCUCCCAGUCCAGCGCCGACCGCGACACCGCCGUUGUGUCCACCGAUGCCAGCUCCCAGUCCAGCGCCGACCGCGACACCGCCGUUGUGUCCACCGAUGCCAGCUCCCAGUCCAGCGCCGACCGCGACACCGCCGUUGUGUCCACCGAUGCCAGCUCCCAGUCCAGCGCCGACCGCGACACCGCCGUUGUGUCCACCGAUGCCAGCUCCCAGUCCAGCGCCGACCGCGACACCGCCGUUGUGUCCACCGAUGCCAGCUCCCAGUCCAGCGCCGACCGCGACACCGCCGUUGUGUCCACCGAUACCAGCUCCCAG